UUUUUGUAUUGCUAGCGGCGGUAGCGCAUUGGGCAAGAUAUGGGUGACAGGGGUAGCAAGUCAUUCGUGUCACCAGAUUUGAUGGACUAUUCUUGUGUGGGCACACAGAUGAGACCUAAUGGGUGCACAACGGAGCGCUCGAACCAAUCUUGGAGCGCGUGAUCAUCCCCACGCAUUCGUAAGACGAUUCCGAGCGGUACUUAUAAUCCACUCUCCAUCUCGAAUAAAGCUCCCAUCUUUCUCUUGAGCAUUCAUCAUCUCUCAAUCAUGCCUUCCCCGCAAGUCUUCGCUGCUACAGAUGGCGCAGUGUACACUACCUCUAACGGUGCAGCCGUAGCGCAUCCCCUUGCUGCUGAACGUGUUGGUCCUGUGGGACCCCUCCUCCUUCAGGACUUCCACCACAUCGAUCUUAUUGCUCAUUUUGAUCGGGAACGAAUCCCGGAGCGUGUGGUGCACGCCAAAGGCGCUGGUGCUCAUGGUGUUUUCGAAACGACUCACGAUCUCAGUGAUAUCACUUCUUGCAAACUAUUCACUACCGUUGGCAAGAAAGUUCGAGUCACCGCCCGUUUCUCCACUGUCGGUGGGGAAAGUGGUUCCGCUGACACGGCUCGCGAUCCCCGUGGUUUUUCUCUGAAACUCAGAACCGAGGAGGGUAACCUAGACUGGGUGUUCAACAACACACCUGUGUUCUUCAUCAGAGAUCCCACCAAGUUCGCGCCCUUCAUUCACAGCCAAAAGCGUGACCCUCAGACACACCUAAAGGAUCCAGACAUGUUCUGGGAUUACCUGUCUCAAAACCCGGAAUCGGCCCAUCAAAUUAUGAUCCUGUUUUCCGACCGCGGGAUAGCCGACGGCUACCACAACAUGCACGGUUAUUCCGGCCAUACCUUCAAGCUCGUGAAAGAUGACGGCUCAUGGGUCUAUACUCAGAUUCACUGUAUUGCUGAUGGCGGCUUCAAGGUUCUCGAUACUGCUACGGCUCGCAAUUUGGCCGCAGACAACCCAGAUUACGGUAUUCAAUCGUUGUUCGAAACUAUAGACGCUGGGAAAUUCCCGUCCUGGACCGUCUACAUUCAAACUAUGACUCCAGAGCAGGCUGAAAAGUUCCGUUACAAUGUCCUAGACUUAACAAAAGUUUGGCCCCACAAGGACUACCCCUUGCGCCCCGUAGGAAAAUUCGUACUCAACGAGAACCCGCAAAAUUACUUCGCUGAAAUUGAACAGGCCGCUUUUGCGCCCAGCCAUUUGAUUCCUUACUUCGAGGUCUCUGCUGACCCCGUCCUUCAAUCACGACUGUUCUCUUAUCCUGACACCCACCGUCACCGGCUUGGCGCAAAUUACCAACAGCUCCCUGUCAAUGCACCCAUUGUUCCUAUUGCCAACUUCCAACGUGAUGGCCCUAUGACAUUCAACAACCAGGGAGCCCGGCCAAAUUACCAGAGUUCCAUUACGCCCUUGACAUACUUGAACAACAAGGGAUCUAUCAAGGGCGCACCCAGAGACUACGAGCGAACCAGCCAGCAUGAAAACUGGGUCGGUGGAGCAUUCUGGGACUUGAGCGAGAUCACCGAGCUUGACUUUGAGCAGCCGCGCGCACUCUACCAAAAUGUCAUGGAUGAAGCAGCCAGGACGCGCUUUGUUUCCAACGUUGCUGGCCACCUUGGUGGUGCCAAAAGUGCUGAAGUUAAAGCCCGGACUCUUUCUUACUUUGCAUCUGUCGACCAAUCGCUGUCUGACCGCAUUGCCAAGGCUAUUGGUGCUCCCACUGCAAAGCCUUUGGUCGUCAAACCUGCGUCUGAGGCAGUUCGCUUCAGGCAUGGUGUUGUUGCUGCUGCGCAGAAGCUGUAAAUGUCCGGAGUUAUUCAAACAACUAUGGAAACAAGCUAUCAUGUUUAUUGUUUUAGUACCAGAAAGUAGAAUGAAUGUAUCGGUGUCGUUAUCAAUGGCUAAAAUACGGCCGGAGAGCGCUGCAUCUCCUCUCCACAGAGAACGAGCAAAUUCAUCGAAGUCCUCAAAACUCAUAUGAAUGGAAGAUUGUUCGUGUUUGACUUGACAGCUCGU